AACAAACACACGUUGUGUCCACAUAUAAGACAAACAAGACGCGUACCGCUCCAUCCGUCCUCGCUGUGGGCUUCUGGUUCGGUGUGUCGGUACCGCCGGGGCCUCCUCGCUCUGCCUGGAGCCUUCCCCGCCUCCUCGAACAUUAGCUCCACAGACAAAGAUGUCCUCAGCCUCUACUGCACCAUCCGUCCUCCUCAACAAUGGGGUUAGGAUGCCCCUUUUGGGUUUGGGCAUGUACAAAUUGUCGAGUUGGGAGGACGUGCUCCAAGCUGUGGACGCGUCCCUGGCUGCGGGCUACCGGGCCUUCGAUAGCGCCGCCGUGUACGGGAAUGAAGCCGACCUGGGUCGCGCCCUCAAAAGUCUCCUGCCAAAAUACGACCUGACCAGAGAGGAUGUAUUCAUCACCAGUAAACUGGGCCCCAAAGAUCAAGGCGAGGGGGCUAUGGAAGGAGCCCUCCACAGCCUGUCCAACCUUGGGAUGGAUUACAUCGACCUCUACCUGAUCCACUGGCCCGGGACUCGCGGCCUGGAUGUGACUGACCAGCGCAACCCAGGCAACAGAGCUCAGAGUUGGGCCGCGCUGGAGGAGCUGCACGCCCGAGGGAAACUCAAGGCCAUCGGGGUGUCCAACUACACGCCGUCACACAUGAGAGAGCUCAUGGGCAGCUGUAAGGUCCGGCCCGCGGUGCUGCAGGUGGAGUUCCACCCACUUGAAUGCCAGCUUGAGCUGAGGCGCGUGUGCCAGGAGUUCGGCGUGUGCUUCCAGGCUUACAGUUCCCUGGGGAGGGGGGAACUCCUUACAGAACCGCAAGUGCUCCAAGUGGCAGAGUCCUGCCAGCGCACGCCUGCUCAGGUGCUGCUGCGCUGGGCGGUGCAGCAGGACGUCCCCGUGCUCCCCAAGUCGUCCAACCCGCAGCGGAUUCGGGAGAACUGCAGGAUUUUUGACUUCACGCUGAGCGACGGCGACAUGGGCAAACUGUCGGCUUUGGAUCGAGGACAGAGGUUCUGCUGGGAUCCCUCCCAAGUAGUUUGAUGGCAACUGCCGGUGACGGGUUCAAAGUGGGGACUUAACUCCCCCUUGUAACAGCAACACUGUCACAUCACACUUACAAUCAGAAGUCGGCGAUAAGAUACCAAAAGGCAGUAUUAACUCAUUCACUCCCAAACACGUUUUUAACUGCCGUUUCAAACUUGGUCUAGAAAUGGCUGGUACUGAAUGACUUAACGACACGCAGCUCUGCCUUGUGCAUCAACUGAAAGGACAA